GAGUAGAAAAAGCGACGCUGUGUGUCCAGACUCGAGGCGGGGGCAGUGGAGUGGAGGCAUCUGCGUAACACCGCGUUCACUCAUCUUUUUCACCAAACCUCUCUCUUUUGUCCACUUUUUAUUAUCAUGUGCAUGUCCCUGUGCUAUUUACAGAUACGGAAUAAGCUCUCCACGGUCCUGCGAGCUGACUGCACUCCUCCCCGGGCUGGUUGGGUUGUAUAAUAGGCUUCACCUCAGCUGAACUUGGCGCAUCUGGUCCACCGGCGGCGCACUACCCGACGCAGCGAGCUCCGUGUCCCCGCUGAACUCUGCUGACGCUCGGGCUACACAGACACACUCACACGGGAGGAGAGCCUGUGAUUUAAACCGCUCUAGGUGCCUUUUUUACGCGUAUUCACCUGCAAAUCCUGCUACUUUGAAGACAUUUACCACGUUGUCAGCUCAGUAUUGUGUGCGUAAUGCGUGUUUUUUUGCUGUUUUGGAGACGCCAGACAAUAGAACUGGACCCAACCGUCUAGGAAAUAGAAAUCCCCCUCGUGCUGGAGUUUGGACACCUCGCCAGGAAGGGUCACUUUCGUCUUUGAACUUCAUCUGCGUUGAAGCCAACGCCAAGAAGAACGCGCGGGGAGAUCGUUUCAAAACAGAAUCUCCAGACAAACUGUGCUGCGGAGGGGUCCCCGACAAUAACCCGAGAAAGAGAUUUCGCCGCUUAACCCGAACGGACCGCCGCUGCCGCCGUGCGAGACCGCCGGACCUAAACUCUCCCCGGGAAACUUACUCAUUUUGCUGCAUUUAUGCCACGGCUGGUGAUUGACACUCGGGAGCAUGGCAGGGGACGUGUACUGCCCCCCGUCCCCCCUGGGAGAGUCCCUCCUGGGAAGCCCUCUGUGCGGAGACCUGAUGGACGACCUGGCUCAAAUCUCCCAGUCCAUCGAAGCCAACAGCCUGGGCUUCGACUUCCCCGAGUACCAGAGUCCAGAGAGCCCCACGGCGCUCGAGACCCUGACCCCUGCGUCCAGCCCGUCCUCUGGUGUGAGUGGGACGGCCCCGAGUCCAGAGGAGUCCAGCGUGCCUCUGUCUCUGGACUGUAGGGUCUGCUCUGAUAAGGCGUCGGGCUUUCACUACGGAGUCCACGCCUGCGAGGGCUGCAAGGGUUUCUUCAGGAGGACCAUCAGGCUGAAGCUGGAGUACGACAAGUGUGAGCUCAACUGUAAAAUCCAGAAGAAAAACCGGAACAAAUGCCAGUUCUGCAGAUUCAACAAGUGCCUUUCUGUCGGCAUGUCCCACAACGCCAUUCGUUUUGGGCGUAUGCCGCAGGCGGAGAAGCUGAAGCUCAGAGCCGUGUGUAAAGUUUUGCAAAAAGAGGAGCCGCUGCCGUCCGACCACCGAGUCCUGAUCUCUCAAAUCCACCGGGCCUACAUGAAGAACUUCAACAUGAACAAGGCCAAAGCUCGGCUCAUCCUCACCGGGAAAACCAGCCAACCGCCUUUCAUCAUCCACGACAUGGACACGUUUCAGCUGGCGGAGCGCACCCUAGCGGCCCACAUGGUGAACGACUACCCAGAGCCGCCCCGGACGAGCCCCCCUCAGUCUGCGGAGGUCCCUCAGUCUGCGGAGGUCCCUCAGUCUGCGGACGUGCCUUUGUCUGUGGAGGUCCCUGGGUCUCUGGAGGUCCCUGGCUCUGAGGGGGUCUCUGGGUCCGAGGUGCAGCGGAGGGAGGCAGAGGCGCGGCUGUUCCACUGUUGUCAGAGCACCUCGGUGGAGACGGUCACCGAGCUGACGGAGUUCGCCAAGGCCAUCCCGGGUUUCCAGAGUCUGGACCUCAACGACCAGGUGACUCUGCUGAAGUACGGCGUGUACGAGGCGCUCUUCACGCUCCUCGCCUCCUGCAUGAACAAAGACGGGCUGCUGGUGGCUCGAGGCGGAGGCUUCAUCACCCGAGAGUUUCUUAAAAGUCUGCGGCGGCCGUUCGGGGACAUGAUGGAGCCCAAGUUUCAGUUCGCGACAAAGUUCAACUCCCUGGAGCUGGACGACAGUGACCUCGCUCUGUUUGUGGCGGCGAUCAUCUGCUGCGGAGACCGCCCGGGUUUGGUGGACACGGCUUCGGUGGAGCAGCUUCAGGAGAGCAUCGUCCACGCUCUCCGGCUCCACCUGCUGUCCAACCACCCCGACGACACCUUCCUCUUCCCCAGGCUGCUUCAGAAACUGGCCGACCUCCGCGAGCUGGUCACCGAGCACGCUCAGUUAGUCCAGGAAAUCAAGAGGACGGAGGACACGUCACUGCAUCCGCUGCUGCAAGAAAUAUACAGGGACAUGUACUGAGACGAGGACGAAAAAGACCAGGACUGUUUUGUAUUUUUAAGAGUUUAUUUUAGACUUUGAGUAAAUUAGAUGUUUGUUUUAGUGCCUUACAAAAACAUUAUUAAUCUGUGACGUAAUUAUAACUGUAAAUCAAUUAAAUAAAUGAGAAUCGGACAGUAUUGAAAGAGCCAUUGGAUAAUAUCAGUUUAUAUGGUGUGUACAGUUUCGUAUUAAAUGUAAAUAAAUGUAAAAAUAGGACAAAAAUUAUGGAUUUAGUUAAAAACACAGGGAACUAUAGCUAAAUACUUUUGGUUAUAGAUUAAUAAUUGACUCCAAAAUGGGUCUCACACACACGAGAGCUUGAAGUUUUUGAAAAAUAGUGAAAUUGUCGGUCUGUAUAAAACAUCUCAAUAUUCCGAUUUGUAUUUUAUGUAAAUACUAAUAUAGGAAAAAUACUGUGAACAAACUGUGUGAUGCAGAUCAUUUUAUAUCAUGAACAAAGCAAAAUGUUUGUUAGAUUUUCCUCUGAAUGAAACGCAACGCAACAAAAUGACACAA